AUUUAGUCGAGGAAAAAAAGAGAAAAAAAAAGAAAUGUUUCAAAUUUAAAAUGUUCUUAAGUUUUACUAGAUAUAUUUCAAAUUUGGGUAAGACCAAACUUGUUAAGCCUACUUAAAAGUAUUUAUUAAUUCUUACAAUACUUACAUAUCAAUUUUCGAUAGUCGAAGUCGGCAAAGUUGGCCGGCCGGAAUAGAAAUUCAACAACGGUUGAACGUCAACGUUAUUUAAAUUCUUGGACUAUUUAACUAUGACUUAUGAUGACUAGAGUCUAGUGCUUAAGUUGAUACCUAAAAUUCAAACAAAAAAUAAUAUUGUUAUACAAAUAUUAUAAUUAUAAUUAAAAUUACCACUUGAUAGUCUUCCUUCAACUUGCUCUGAGUUGUUUAGUCAGUGCCUUUUACUUUUAAAAUUGUUUAUGCCUAAGCUAUAACUUGAUGAUAUGGCCACUGUGACUGUGGGUAUGAAGUAUGACUAGCUAGAUCUUUAUUCUUGGUCAUCAAGUUAAUAAGUUAAUACUUCUUCCCCUUCACACAAUAAGAGUAUUAAAUUAUUCACACCUGUUACCUAACCUUGGCCUAUCGCCUAUACUAUAAAAUUAAUAGGCCUAUAAUAUUGUUUUGCAAAAAGUAUAAUUACUACAGUUUACUUGAUCAUAUUCAUUUUCUUUCAACUUAAACCUAAGUCAGGGCCUUUUCAAAUAGUAUAUUACUCUAGCUUAGACAGAAGCAGUGCUUGAUUUUAAUAUAGGUUCAUGUCCCAUCAUUUUAAAUGUUUACAAUUUCUAAACUCUUCAACUCCCAGCUCUCAGCAGUGAACAGAUAAACAAACUUACGUGCAAAUUUACAGUUGAAAUUCAUUUUAAUGCUAUGAAUGAUGGCCCUAGCAAUUGAACAAACUGUUGGACAGUCCAUAGAGCAAAGAGUUGAAAAUCUUAUUGACUCUGUUUUCGUAAGUGUCAAAUUUUCUUUAUGAAGAUACUUUUAAUUUUAUUUUUAGGCUUCCACCUCCUCCAAAUGAAAUAUUAUCUAAAUUUUAAUUCCUUUUAAUCUCUAAACAAGAGUGUAGGCCAGCGGUGCUCAAACAUUGACUUAAGACCGUGCCUGCUAUUCUCUACAAUUGUUUAGCCAUCUUACUUCAUUGUGCUGAAGCAAAUCAUCAUCUAAGAAACUUUUAAUUUUAAGUAGAUAAUUUUAAAAUGGUUAUUGCUUCUAAUUCUAAUGAAAUGUAUAAGUUUCAUGACCGUUGCCACCACUUGUAAAUUUAUUGCUCAGUUUUUAACACAGAACUGACUGAUAAAAGAUGCAGUGAUAUUUCAUUUAAACUGCCCUAAGAUAACUGUCAUAGAUGGAGCAUCAUCAGUUGUCAGAGAGACACAUUUUGUGACCUAGAAUUCAUUGUUUUGUAAUGAAUUCUAACAUUACAGCAAAAAUAUCCUCACCUUGUGUCUGGCUACACAGUGGAAGUAACAUAGCAAAUUUUAAUUGAAGAGUCAAUUAUUCAUUUUGUUGUUACAAGUGAAAGUUAGGCUCCUGCAAAAAAAGAAUUUUUUUUUUUUGAAAUCAUCAGUGGGCAGUUGAUACGGCAUCAUAGGACAAAUUUGGCCCAUGGGCCACACUUUAAGUAUCUCUGGUGUAGACUACUGAAAAAACAUAGUUUGGAAUAUGAAUUAUAUAAUUAAGUUAUUUCAAACGCAAAGUAAAUAAUUUAUAAAUAAAAUAACUUGACUCAACACCGGCCUGAUGUGAUCAGAUUUAAUUGGAUGCCUUUAUUUUGAAAAAAUUUUGAAAAAAAGUUAAUAAAUCCCAUUAGUCACUUGCCUAAACAUUUUUUCUGAUAAGGUAAUUGCAAUCAAUUAUUAGGAUGGACCAAUAUAGGUCAUACCUGAAACGUAAAUUGUCAUGGGGUUUUCUGUAUCAUGUUGGGCAGUGGUUCUCAACCUUCCUAAUGCAGUGACCCUUUAAUACAUUUCCUCACGUUGUGGCGACCCCCAACCACAAAAAUUAUUUUCGUUGUCACUAUAUAACUGUAGAGUAUUUGUGUUUUCCGAUGGUCUUAGGUGACCCCUGGGAAAGGGUCAUUCGACCCACGCUGAUGUAGGUUAGGGCCUAAUAAGUAUAUAUGUUUAUUUAUUUAUUUAUUUUUUAAAAAUCAGGACAACACAUUGAUAGGCACCGCUUUUGGGCCUAUUUCUGCAAAGCGUCCAGGGCAGACUUUACAAGACCGAUGCAUUGAGCGAGUAAAGGAGUUUUGGACAUCACUGACUGCUGUAUGUAAAAAUUGGACUUUGGACUGAAAAAAUCCUUAAAAUAUACUAUGAACAAAAUGUGGCAGAUAUUUUUUGAAAUUUAGUUGAACACUUAACUUAAUGUCAAUAAAUUUACAAAUAAAAUGUUAAUUAAAAUAUAUUGUUUUUUUUUAAGUGUUUAAAAAAAUAUUGUAUUUAGGCUUAUUUCAUUAAUAGUUUCAUGAUUUUUUUUUUAUUUUCAAGAUCUUUGUUUAAAAAAACUCCCCUCAUUAAAAAACAAAAAACAGGAACCAAAAGAAACUCGAGAUUUAGCUCUUCGUCUUUUGGUGCAACAUCUUCACAAGCAGUGGAAUCAAAAACGUGCUGAUGCCAUCUGUGCAUCACUAGAUGCACUUGUUGAAAAAAAUAUAGUUGAAUCAAAGUAAGUGAAAUUAACAUUUAAGCAAGAGUUGGUGUAACAUAUUGUCAAACUUUUUUCUUUUUUUUUUUUUAAAUUAUUAUUGAUGUCAUCCUUUAAGACCAAAUAGGCAUUCUUUCCCAUCGGUGUCAUUAAAUUGCUAAUGUAUGCAUUUAUGAACGAAAUAUAAAAUUUAUUUGAAUAAAUAUCUCCAUAUGAUUAUUUUAUUUGGUAAGUCUAAUAAUUUUUUUUUAUAGAGCUGUCUGUGAUGCACUUUUGUCUUGUGACAAGUUGACGGUAGAUGAGGAGCUUCACUGGGUUGCCACCUUUAAACUUGCCAGGAAAAUUAUAGGAGGAGUUGAUUACAAGGUAAUGACUAAAGAAUUUGGAUGAGACAGUUAUGCAGUUGCUUUAAAACUGUUGCUCAUUUAUAACAUAAGAAGCUCUAAAGCUAAAAUUUAAAAAAAUUGUUAUACUUUUUCUUUAACUUAGCAAAUUUUAUAAUAACUUUUAUUAACAAAAACCAAAUAAACACUGAGAACAUUUUUUUUUUAAAUUUAAAAUUGUUAGCUUUUAGUGACAGGUUUUAUAGCAAAGUUCAGUUUACAUGCAAUAGUUUAGCUCUAUAUGAUAAAAUUCAGAGCACACCACAGCUGUAUUUGCCACUCUUCACUGCUUGAAAUAGGUGUUGUUCCACUGGUGGCAUUCCUUGGUCUGCCUUCUUAUUGCUUUUCACGUUUUAAAAGAAAUCCAUUCUAAAUAUAUUCUUUAUCUAAAAUAUUUCUUGCUUCAACAGGGUGUCAGAGAUCUCCUUAAAGUGGUGUUGGAAAAAUGCCAACUCUUGAAUAACACUAACAAUAUAGCUUGCUUGCCUCUCAUCAAAGUUGUUAUUUCAGUAAGUCGUUUGAUCAUAAAGGGGGAAAGACUUCAAUAUUUUUAAAUAUUUGUAACAAAUGAAGCUAAGGAUUGGUUUGAAUCUGGGUUUUGGAUGUUAAAUUUGAACAAAUAAUUCCAGUCCAAAAUAUGAAUUUGUUAAUCAUCACUGUAAAAAGAAAUAAUGUUUUUGUUUAUGUGAAAGAUUCCAUGACCAAAAUUCCAGUUUAACUAAUUAUAUUAUACAUCAAAUUCAUUACGUAAAUAUUUAGUGAAUCUGUACUUCUUUCAGGGCAAUAAAUUAUGAUUUGCUUACAUACCCGUAUUUGUAAUGAUUUUUUAAAAAAAUCUUUUUUGGAGAUUGUCUAUAGCCAGUAUACUUUAUUUUUAGCUGGUGAAAUACAUCAUUAACAGAAAUUCAUGUCUAAUGCCCGCCUACUUGGCCAUCUACGAGAUUUCAAAGUUUGAGUCUGACAAGAACCAGCUCUGGCCACACUGGGUAAUUAUUUAUUUAAAAAAAAACAACUUGCUUGGGAAUUUAAAAUUAUUUUUUUUUAAAGAGUACAUUUAAUGCAUCACACUGUAUAAAAUGGAAUAUUAGUAUAAUAAAACUUUAUUUAAUUUGAGAUAUAAACCUAAUGAUCAAUAUUCCUAAUGUUAUAUACAAAAUAUUUCAAUGUAAGGGUUACAUAAUAGUUUUUUUAAAACAAGUCAAAAUGUAAUGAAAAUAUGUCUAUAAUUAUUUUUUUGCUUUCAGCCACUAGGUAAAGUACUUUGUGAUUUUGUUGAUGGCUUUAGGCAUUGUGCACAGAUGGUUUCUAUAUCAGGUGAGAUCUUUAGAUUUUUGUUUUAAUUUAUGAAAUUCUAAUCUAAUAAAACUAUUAACACUGGACUUUGACUCCUUUGGACCAAAGUUCUUUGAAGCAAAGCAUUCAAAAAAAGGAAUACUGUAAUACAUUGUUAUUUGAUGUAUAUUUUUAGGUCGGCAUCAGCUUCUUCCCAUCGUUGGUCAUUCCAUGUCAUCCAGCAAUGUUUGGAGGCUCAACAGAAUGACCCUUAGGUUUGCUCUAAAUGGCCCAUUACCUUAUAACAGAGUAUGUAUAUUGUGACUCUGCACAGUUUCUAAAAUCUAUACAUUUUAUUUGUCUUGUAAACCAGGGAUAUUUUUUUUUUUUAAUGAUUUAUUCAUUAUAAAAUUGAGCUUUUGACAUGCACAGGUUUCUUAAAUGAUUUAUUCAUUACACUUUUAAGCUUUUGACUGGCAUUAGAAAGGAGUUGACUUAAAAAUAAUUUCUUUGGUUUUUUUUUCUCGCAUUUCAUAGCAAAUUUUGUGAUUCUAAUUUGUAAUUUUUUCUAAACAUGAACCAAUUAAUUAAUUGUAUGAAUAAUGAAUUGGGGCUACAAUAAAUUCUACUGUAAAUGGUUUUGAGUAUUUACUUUUUUGCUUCCUAAUGUUUUACAGGAAUUACAAGAACCUCAAAGCAACCUUCUUCGUUAUGUUCUAGAGCAACCAUAUUCUAGAGAGCUAGUGUGCAACAUGUUAGAGUUGAAUAUACAGGUAUUUUCAAAUGAUUUUUACCAAGUGCUAAUAGUUACAAAAUGUGAAGGCAGAACCAAUGAACAGGCGCCAGGAAUAAUUUUUUAAAAUUAAAUUCUUGGAUCUAAAUUUAUUAACAAGUUUCAUAAGUAAUUAGCAUUGAAGAGAAAUCUACAAAGGUUUUAAAAAAUACAAUUUGUGAGUCCUCCCACUAUUAUCUUCAUAAAAAUGUCAUUUAGAAGUUCAAUAUAACAGAAAAUUAAAAUUUAAAAAACAUGUCUUUGGUACUUGUAGUAGUAAUAUGCAUUGCUUUAUUACUUUAGUAUACCUGUUGCAAUAUUAAAAUCAUUUUAGGCCAAGCAGCUUUGUGAAGUAUUAGAACAGCAACUUGUCGACCUGUUGGUGCUGGCACUGGAGAGAUUUGAGCAUGAGAGCACUGGUCAUGGUGACUCACAGUUACAGUGGCAGCACUUGUCUUCACAGCUCAUUUACUUUGUAUUGUUCCAAUUCGCCAGUUUUUCACACAUUGUCCUUUCACUGUACGAAAAGGUAAGGUAACACAGGCUUUCUUUUUUCUGGGCUAUCUCCUCUAGCAAGCCUAGAUAGUUAAUGAGGUGAAAUUAUUAUUUUUCAUCAGAACAUAUUGCAAAUUUAAAUAGAAAUAUUAAAUUCAAAUAAUUUAGAGAUAUAUUUAACAUAGUCAAUAUUUGAAGUAGUUCAAGUGUCAUUUUGUAUUUUAUUUAAAGUAUCUUGUCAUUUUAGUAUAUUUGUUUUUUUUGGUUUUUUUUUUCCAGUUAAAGGGGAAGAAUCUAAAAAAGGGACGCCAUCAUCUAAUGUGGGUUUUGUUACAGUUCAUCUCAGGGAGCAUCCAGAAAAACCCUGUAAGUUAUAAGGCUUUGAAUUGGUCUAGUAAAUUCCACUUUCAAGCACGUUUUUAAAAAAUGUUUUAAAUAACUAACAUGUUAUGGGAGUAAUUUUAAGUUGAUAUUAGCAGGUGUUGGCAUUUACAUACUUCUUACUUACUUUUUAGGUGGAUUACCAUGUGUUGGCAUGUACAUCUUACUUAUUUAUUUACUUAUGCUUUUUAUCCUUAUUACAAUCUCCAAAGGUUGAAUUAUUGUAUCUUGGAACACUCAGCUUUUGAAUUCUUUUAACUUAAACAAAAAUGCUCUGUUAGUUACCAAUGUUAACUCACAAAUUCGGUUUUCAUUUAGCGGCUGUUUUUAAUUUUUGUUCUCCUUAUUUACCAUAAAGAGCAUGUGAGAACUUUAUCUAAAGGGAAUAAAACUUAAUUUUAUUACCAACAGAUUGAUGAUUUUUUGCCUGUGAUGAAGCUCUAUGAUUUGUUAUAUGAUGAUAAAGAAGCCAUACCAGUUCCUGACAUCAACAGUCCUCAGUCAACACAUGUGAUGGCUGCCACGUGUAUUUGGAUACACUUAAACAAAAAAGCAGGCACCAUUAAAUUAAGACCGAUUCCAGUCUCACUCAGAGAUCAUUUGGAGUAAGCCACCGGCUGGAUUCUCACUAUAUUUUGUAGCUUGCAACCUGGCAUUAUUUUAUAAAUCAUCUUAUUUUUCAAUAUGCAAAAAAAAAUGUGUUACAGCUUCAAGAACAGAAUAAGAAGAAAAGAAAAUUCAAAUCUUCAAUUCUCGUUUUCAGAUUCCUAAAACAGAAUCUCAAGUCACUCUCUCUACAAGGUUAUCGAAUUGCUCUCAUGUGCAAUGCUUGUAAGUUUUAAAAUUGUUUUAUUUUGUUAAACAAGUUUUUUUUGUUUUUUUUAAGUCAUGCUACUUACGUCUUAGAAAAUAAGUCUUAAUAUUGCUGUGUACAUCAACAUUUUUUUACCGUUUGACUUAAUAUCUCAAAAUUAAUUUUAUUAUUUUCAUCAUUCCUUAGACAGCACCGAUACAGACAACUUCAGUCGGCCAAUGGGUUUCCUUGUGGAAACCAUUUAUGGAAACAACAAAAAUACAACACUAUUACCAGGCAAUGUUGUUGCUUCAGCCCCUACCACCCCACUUCAAAUGAACUUUCUAGAUUCUCUUACAGUUCAUGCCAAAAUGAGGUAAAGAAACCACUAUACCGUGGUAUUUUAACAGUUGUACAAUAUAGCUUUUAAUGACUAUUUGCAAUUUAUCAAUGAAUGUGGUAGUUUGUUUAAUAAUAAUUUGCUUUAUAAAAAAGGAAUCAAAUUCAUUUUACAAACGUAUCAUCAUUUACAUUCCUACCAAACAUUUACACUUUUUAUUUAAUAAUAAAAUAAUAUUUGGGGGGAAAAAAAAUAAUUUUUUUUAACAGUUUGAUUCAUAGCAUUGUAACAAGAGUUAUCAAACUGGCAAAGAACAAAGCAUCAGCUGCACUGGCACCUUCUUUAGUGGAGACCUACAGUCGUCUGCUGGUCUACAUGGAGAUUGAAAGCCUUGGCAUAAAAGGAUUUAUUAGUGAGUUUCAUGUCUCUAAACAUAAAAGUUCUAUUUAUUUUCCACAUGACCAGUGAUGAAGAAGUGGUUUGUCAUGAUUCCAAUUCCAAAAACCAACUAGGAACAGCUGAUUUUAAUUAUUUUUUUUGAUACUCAAUUUUUUGUUUUUUAAGACCAUAUUCAGUUUUUUGUUUUUUAAGACCAUACACAAUCCUUUUGGCAGCCAUCUUGUUAAAAGUCACAUUUCAUAUUAAGUUGCUUUUUUUUAAAAUUUGGUAUCAUAAUCAAGGGGUGAAUUCUCCUCAGACCAACUGCUACCUACAGUUGUUGAGAACCAAGCACUGGGCAUCCUACACACAUUGUUGGAGAUGUUUUCCUACAGGCUUCACCACACACAGAUCAACUAUCGCAUCCAGCUGCUUGCUCAUUUACAUCAAAUGUCUAAUAAUCAGCCUAUCAAUCAAAACCAGCUUUACAUGUGGUGAGAAUCACUAAUAAUUUUUGUAGUCUCUGAUAUUUUCUUUUGCAUUGCUAACUAAACUUUCUAUUUGCAUUUUUAUGCAAGUAUUUAUAAAAGUACACAUUUAUUCAAGCCAACUAAAUAUACAAAAAUUGAUAAAACAGCUAUUGUUUGUUCUUUGUAUGCAAAACUAACCAUUUCCCACUGGAGAGUUCACAUUAUUCAUUUGGGAAGUCGACUGAAUGGUGUUCUUGUCACAUGCCCUACCCAUCUGGCUUGUCCUGUUUGUAAGAGCAUGUGGAUGCUGAUGCAAUCAGCCCAAGAACCUCUGUAUCAAGGAAUCUGUCCUGCCAUUUUAUGCAGUGUCGGUGGAGGUGGUUGAGCUGUCAGACAUGUCUGGUGUACAUUGUCCACAUCUCGCUAGCAUAUAGGAGUGAUGUUAAUACGAUUGCCCUAUAUGCUUUCAGCAUAGUGACAAGACUGAGACCUCUUUGCUCCCAAGCAACUACUCCCUCGUUGAUAAUCCCAAAAGAAAAAUUUUAUUUUUUACAAUUAUUAUGCUCUGCUUAAUGUUACUUUGAGAAAAUUAACUUUCAUUUUUAGUAUUCUAAAAUAUUUUUAACAUUGCAAUAUUAUUUUUAUCAAGAGGAAGAAAGAAAAGGAUGCUUUCAUUUUUUUUUUUUUUUAAAGUACAAGAGAUGGUUAUGAUACCUUCACAUGUAAUACUGUCAUUCUUUAUACUCUAAAAAAGUGUUGAAAGCACCAUUCUGAAGCUGAUCAUAGGCCUGGGUAGCUCAGAGGUGCAACCACAGCUGUCUAGAAUCUCAAGCGAAGCAAAAGGUGGAGCAUCAUUUCUUGUCAGCGACUCAGAGGAGCUCAACAGAGCUUUGGUUCUUACGAUAGCCAGGGCUAUGCAUGUGACUGGUAAGUGGCUCUAAGCAAUUUUUAAUAAAGGAAUUGGUUUGCAUUAAAAUUUUCAGCUACCUGACUUCUUGAUCACCGGACACAUUAAAAUCAAUUGUAGGGACUGGCUCCUGUUAAAUUAUGAAAUUGCCAUGCAAUAUACUUUGUAUUAAAUGAAAGUCUAUGAAAUUAACAUAUCAUAUUUAACGAUAUACCUUUUGCACUGUUACAAUCUACAUUGUAUCCAGUAUCUAGGAUCAGGCUCAUCACAGGGUGAGUGACAAGUGAAAUUUUGUUAUAAUUUUUAUUUAAAAUCCAUUUGUGGUUCCAUAUUAAUAAUCCAGUUUUCUAUAAUAUUUAAAUUACUUUGUCUUCAUCUUAGCCGUAGACAACAUGUCAAGUGUCUGGUGUGAAGACAUUCUAAAUGUUAUUAUGCAAAAAACUCCCAUCAGCUGGUCCUCUAACACAUUGCAGUGUUUCCCUCAGGUAAAUUUAUAUAUAUAUAUUAAUAUAUAUAUACGGUAACUCAUUGCUUUAUUAAAUAAAAAUUAAAAAAUUUAAGUGCCAUUUACAGUUUUGUUUUGUCAGGUAGAUAGAUAGAAAUUCACAAUUAGCUGCUAUAUUUUAAGAUAAGAUAAGAUUCCUUUAUUGAUCCAAAUACAAAGGCAAACAUUUAAAAACUAUUACACAAUAGAUCCAAAGUGUUUCUCAAACUGAAAAAGCAGCCGUCAUUUGCCUAGGAACGUCAUUCCCUUUGUGACAAUAUUGCUUUAAAUAGGAAUUAAUUAGAUUUUGUAACAUUAACUUUUAUAACUAAAUAUUUUUCAAAAACCUUUUAUUUAGUAAAUAAUUUCCUUACUUCAUAAGCUGCUUGAUAUAUUUUCUGCAGAGUCUGGCUGAAUAUUUUCAAAAAAAUAGUAUUAAUAACAAAGACAAUAAGAAUCAACUGAGGACAUCUGUGGAAAAUGAGUACAGGAAAUGGAAAAGUAAGUAUUUAUCUUAUCAGCACCAUUUAGAUCCUGUCAUGCAAAUGUAUAACACAUACAUAAUGUUUAAAUACAUAGUAUUUAAAAAUAUAGUAUUUACAUAGAAAACAUAGCAGGCAAUGUUUCAAACUUGCCCAAUUUGCAUUUGUAGUUGUUAUCAAAAAGCUCAACUUAACAUCUUUGCUAAUUUUAGUUAUUCAGAUGUUAAGACAAAGUGAUGUAGAUCAUUCAAUUUCAUUGAUUGCUAUCAAAUAUAUACUCAAAGUAUCAUUUAUGAAAAAAUAAAAACUUGCAAAGUCUCUACAGCAACAGUUGAAAAAGUUUUACAGACCUGCAAGCCUCAUGCUUAUUUUUUUUCACAAAUGAGCAGCCAAAAAUUUGUUGUUUUUUUUCCUAGCAUUUUCAUCUUAUUCUGAUUGUACAUUUCUUGCUUUGUCAGGCAUGGGUGGUAAUGAAAGUGGUAUAAUCGCACAUUUUUCCAUGCAGAGCAACCCACCUCUCUUCUUGUGGUAAGUUAAAAACUUAAAAGAAUGCAUAAAUUGCUCUUAAAAUCAUCUAUUUAUGAGGUAUACAUUUCUAGAAAACCUUAUGUAAAUGCUUAUUUAAUGGAUUUUUAAGAUUUUUAAAUUUACUGUAGGGUUUUUGAGUGUAAUUUUGUUCAGUUUUAUAUUUAUACAGUAGAAUUCAAAUUUUAUAUACAAGAUUGAGUUUUCUAAGGUUCAAACUAUAUUUUGUUUUAUAGCAUAAUAUGGAAAAAUAUACAAGAUGAAAACAGGGUCCCUUCUACUGCAUUUAAGUAAGUUUUGCUCUUUAACUUUAAACAUCAAUAUUUUUAAAUUAAAUUUAUAAAGAGGAAUCUAAAAAAUAUAGCAUUUAAUUAUUCUAGCAAAUCUUUUAAAGCCAGAAUUCAAAAUAUCACACUAAAUUUGGUGUGAGUUGUUGACAUAUAUUUUAAGUCUAAUUAAAGAUAUUUGCAAAUUUGUUCAUUGUUUGGGCAGAUAUUUUUUUUUCAAUAUUGGUGCUUAUUCAUACAAAUAUUUUGUAGCUUUUUUAUGAGUCAACUAUAAACACUUUUAUCCUUUUCACAUAUUAUUUUUCUGAUACAGAGUUCUAGAUAGACUGGGACCUAGGGCACUGACAUCACAUCUUAGAACAUUUGCUGACUAUUUAGUCUUUGAGAUAGCAUCUAGCCCAGCUAUGCAAAAUUCAUCAAAGGUAACAUAAAUUAUUUUUGUCAGACACUUUAUUUUGAAAUAACAAUCCAAAUAAAGAUUUGAAGGGAUGUAAAAAAAUCAUUAAUCAUUUCUUUUUCUAUAUAUUAAGGGCUCACAAUCAAAGUAUUGAUCAUUCUGGCUCCUAUUUACAUUACUCAUAUAUGUUGGUACUUACAGUGCAUUGAUGCAUUGACAGACAUGAUGUGGAAGUACAACAUAAUUACGAUAGACAGACUUGUUCUUUGCCUGGUAAAUAUUUUUUCACAGCAAUUAUAUUCCCAAUGGUGUAAGCUUUUUUUGUCUUUUUAAAUAUAUCUUUACCCUUUGAAAGAUUUAGAAAUUGAGUAUGACCUGUUUAAAAACGGGCUACGGCUAUUUAAAAUUCUGUUUUAUCUUCAGGCGUUGAGGUGCCUUGAAGGCAAAGAAGCUCAGGUUCAGUUCGUAGUCAUCCAGUUUUUAUUAACAGCCAAACCGGAUUUCAAGACACGCAUCCAUGACUUUGUCAGAGAGGUGAAAGUUUAUUUAAAGAAAUCACAACUUAGCUUAGUUAAGGUGGUUUUAUCUGGUGCAGUACCCCAGCCUAGGCCUAGGCUCACUGCCCUUCACAUAAAAAUUAGCAAUUACAGAACUAAAACAACAACAGAUUUGAUCUGAUUUGUUGUUUAUUACGAUGUUAAUAUUUAAAAUAGCUUUUAUUAUGUCAACCUCUAUAAAUGAAGUAAAAAUGUUAAUGUAUAAAAAAAAUAUUUAUUUUUUAAGAAACAAUUCUUUUUUUAAAAAUAUGUUAUAUGGGUCAUUUAUUUAAAAUCUAUGUAAACAAAAAUAAUUAAAUCAUGCUUGAAUUUAUUUCUAUAAUUAUACUACAGAACACAUCUGAACAUUGGUCACAAUCAAACUGGCAUGACAUUCACAUGAAUUUUCACAAG